GGAGAGAAAGAAACUUUUACUUCAAAAUAAACCGGAGUGGAGGGAGCCAGGGAGGCAUGGUUUUAGUAACCGGGAUUGAUGUCGGCCGACACCAUAUGGAAUUGCUUUGAAUCGGGUUUGGAUCGGACGGAUUUACUCAUUGAGAAACAUGUUUUUGUGAACAGAGAUCUGAGUCGAAACUAUCUGAAUGGAACAAUUCCUACUCGUUGGGCAGAGAUCCCUCUCGUCAUCAUCUCUCUUUUGGGAAACCGCAUCAAUGGAUCAAUUCCUAAGGAGAUUGGUAACAUCACUACGCUGGAGCAGCUGGUCUUGGAAGAUAACGAACUUGAAGGAACCCUUCCUCCAGAGCUUGGUAAUUUAUCACGGUUGGAGAGAUUCCUUGUUUCUGCAAACAAUUUCACAGGAAUUAUACCAGAAACAUAUGGCAAACUUACUAGCUUGAAUGAUUUUAGGAUAGAUGGGAAUGGCAUCUCUGGAAAGAUCCCUUAUUUCAUUGGGAACUGGACAAAACUUGGCAGACUUGAUAUGCAGGGCACGUCCUUGGAGGGCCCUGUUCCUUCUAAUAUCUCCCUCUUGAAAAACCUAACUCAACUGAGGAUAUCUGACCUUGAUGGAACAAAUAUGAGUUUUAUUUUCCCUGACUUGCAGAAUCUGACAUAUAUAUAUGAAUUGGUACUGAGAAAUUGCUCCCUUACGGGUCCAAUCCCAGAUUACAUUGGAAAACUGAUGCCAAAUUUAAAAACUCUAGACUUGAGCUUCAACAAGUUAACUGGUCUAAUUCCAGAUUUUGAGAGUUCAGCGUAUCUGCAAUACUUGUUUCUCACAAACAAUUUGCUGACUGGAGUAGUACCAGAUUGGAUUAUUACUAGCAGCAUAAAAAUUGAUUUAUCCUACAACAAUUUUACUGGAUACGCCUCACAACCCAGCUGCGAGCAACAAACUACUGUGAAAACAAUUGCCAGUUAUUCAUCUUCAGAAGACAACUCAAUCACUUGGUGCUUGAAGAAGGACCUCCCGUGCUCUGGGAAUCGCAAAUACUAUUCAUUGUUCAUCAAUUGCGGAGGCCCGUUGGUGAAUUUUGGUGGGGAGGAGUAUGCGGAGGAUUUAACCCCCAGGGUGCAGGGUGCAUCAGACUUCUAUCGUGCUGACAGAUGGGCUUCUAGCACUACAGGAGUCUUUUUGGAUAGAGUAGAUCCUCAGUACUUGACCUCAAACAUAUCAGUGCUGAACAUGACUAAUCCAUCCAUAUAUAUGACAGCUCGUAUUGCUCCUAUCUCACUAAGAUAUUAUGGCCUCUGCUUACGAAGCGGUAAUUAUACAGUGCGGCUUCACUUUGCUGAAAUAAUGUUUACAGAAGAUCAGACAUACAGCAGCCUUGGUAGGCGAAUAUUUGAUGUAUCAAUCCAAGGAGAAGUCCGUUUGAAGGACUUUAAUAUUGCAGAGGAAGCUAAAGGGGUCGGCAAGAGCAUCAUUAAGGAAUUUAACGAUGUUAUUGUCAAUGGAAAUACUUUGGAGAUCGACCUCUACUGGUCAGGAAAAGGAACUAAUGCAAUUCCCGAUAGAGGAGUAUAUGGACCCCUUAUAUCAGCUAUUUCAGUGUCACCAGACUUUGACCCGAACACUGGACUAUCUGUUGGAGUUAUUGUUGGUAUCGUUGCUGCUUCAUGUAUUCUCAUAGCAUUAGUUUUAGUAAUCCUUUGGGUGAAAGGUUGCCUGGGAGGGAAGGAUCUCGAUGACAAAGAAAUUACUGGCCUAGAGCUACAAACUGGUCACUUCAGUUUGAGACAGAUUAAAGCUGCAACUGGGAAUUUUGAUGCUGCAAAUAAGAUUGGUGAAGGUGGGUUUGGGCCUGUUUAUAAGGGCACACUAUCAGAUGGUACAGUUAUUGCUGUCAAGCAGCUCUCGUCUAAGUCCAAGCAAGGGAACCGUGAAUUUCUAAACGAGAUAGGCAUGAUCUCUGCUUUACAACACCCAAACCUGGUGAAACUUUAUGGAUGUUGUAUUGAAGGAAACCAGCUAUUGUUGGUUUAUGAAUAUAUGGAAAAUAAUAGCCUAGCAUGUGCAUUAUUUGGUCGUGAAGAUCAAAGAAUGAACUUAGACUGGCCAACAAGGCAUAAGAUUUGCUUGGGGAUAGCGAAAGGUUUGGCAUAUCUUCAUGAAGAAUCAAGGCUGAAAAUUGUCCAUAGAGACAUAAAGGCAACGAAUGUGCUGCUUGAUAAGGAUCUUAAUGCUAAGAUUUCGGACUUUGGUUUGGCUAAACUUGAUGAAGAGGAGAACACCCAUAUCAGCACUCGAGUAGCUGGAACUAUAGGUUAUAUGGCCCCUGAAUAUGCAAUGAGGGGUUACCUGACAGACAAGGCAGAUAUUUACAGCUUCGGAGUUGUUGCGUUAGAGAUUGUCAGUGGGAAGAACAAUACAAAUUAUAUGCCAAAAGAGGAUUUUGUUUUCCUCCUUGACUGGGCUUAUGUCCUACAAGAGCAGGGGAAUCUCCUAGAACUUGUGGAUCCAAUCCUUGGGUCGAACUACUCCAAAGAAGAGGCGUUGAGGAUGUUGGAGUUAGCUCUCCUAUGCACUAAUCCAUCUCCUUCUCUCAGGCCCAUUAUGUCUGCAGCGGUGAGCAUGCUUGAAGGCAAAAUUGCAGUUAAAGCACCUCUUGUAAAGCGCGGCUCCAGAACUGAGGAUUUGAGAUUUAAGGCCUUAGAAAGGUUUUCACUGGACAGUCAAGAACUCCAUUCAAGCAAUUCUCAAGAGAGUUGCAUGCGAAAUAGUGGAUCGAUGGAUGGGCCAUGGAUUGAUUCUUCCAUGUCUAUUCAUAGCAAAGAAGAGACCCGAGGCUCUUCCUCAACAAGCAAUCUUCCGCCUGAUCUCAUGUGACAUCUCUCUCUCUCUCUUUCUUUUUUUUUUUUUUGGGUCGAAAGCUCCAAGGGCUGCAUAUUCAAAUGUGUGUUUUUUUUUUUUAAAAUGAUACAGGGUAUUCACACAUUUGUAUAUUAUUAUAUGAUUUAUAACCAUUCAUUUUUUUUAUUGGUUUUUUAUUUUAUUUAUUUAUUUUGGUUAA